AUGUCUAAUAGAACCCGUGCCCAUACCUUGGUCGAUUGAGGCGUCUGAUCGGUAUUUUCAUCUGAUAGCUGCUACAAUCGGGUUACCAUAUGCUCGUAUAGAUAAUCGGGAAUGCACGAUGCUCAAUAUAUCAUCUUACACGACGCGUCUCCUAGCUUUCUUGCUACCUAGCAUCGCAACCGGAACUUCUAUCCGCACCACCAAAGCAGUCGAAAACCUGGUCGUAUUCGGCGAUAGCUACUCUGACGAAGGUAGAUUGGCAUACUUCCAGGCUCACAACGGCACGGCUCCGCCGGCGGGUACCGUCAUCCCUACGGCGAAUGUGACUGCCAGCGGCGGUUAUACGUGGCCUCACUUUGCUUCGCAACAGCUCGGCGCUACGACGUAUAAUUAUGCAGUCAGCGGCGCCGCUUGUUCCAACGAGAUAAUAUACCGCCAUCUCGAAUCUAUAAACGGGCCUUUCCCGUCCGUUAUCGACUAUGAGAUACCCGCAUUCCUGGCAGACGCGGAAUACGCCUCGGGCGCGGGCAACGGCACCUUCUUCUCGAACAGGAGGCCGGAUAACACCGUCUACGCUCUCUGGAUAGGUACUAACGAUCUGGGGGUCGACGCGUUUCUCACGGACUCUCAGCAAUCCGGAACAACCAUCUCGAACUUUACCGACUGCAUCUGGUCCGCGUUCGACGCCGUAUACGCCACGGGAGGCCGACGUUUCGUACUGUUCGACGAAGCACCUCUGGACAAGUCGCCGCUCUACGCUUCGCCCCAGAACGGCGGAGCCGGCGAUAAUCAGUACUGGCUAAACAAGACAGCCUACAAUACCACAGAAGCGGAGCAAAAGAUGCUCGAAUACACCACCAGCGCGAAUAAGAUAUUCUCGUACGGCGUGCCGUUCCAGCUUCUCGUAGAAGCCAGGUGGCCCGGCGCCUCCUUUAGCAUCCUAAACAUCCACCAGCUCUUCUCGGACAUCUACAGCAACCCCUCGGCGUAUCUGGACGCGCCCGCAAACCCUAGCGCGCCGUAUCGCGGAUGCUCCGUCACGGCGCCAAAUAACGUAGUCUGCACGACUUCUGAGAAUUCGCCUUCCAGCUUUCUAUGGUACGACGAGCUGCACCCGUCGUCGAGAGCAGACGAGAUCAUCGCCGCGGAAUUUAUAAGCGUGCUCCAACAGACCUCGGAAUGGUACGUAACGCGUUUGCAGCGUCUAACCUCUACGAUCGUCAAAGCCUAACCGGUUGUAAUGGAGUUUAUUAUGAUGCUGGG